AGGAGAUCACGGUGCCCAUGUGCAGGGGCAUCGGCUACAACCUCACCUACAUGCCCAACCAGUUCAACCACGACACGCAGGACGAGGCCGGCCUCGAGGUGCACCAGUUCUGGCCGCUCGUGGAGAUCCAGUGCUCGCCGGACCUGCGCUUCUUCCUGUGCUCCAUGUACACGCCGAUCUGCCUGCCCGACUACGCGAAGCCGCUGCCGCCGUGCCGCUCGGUGUGYGAGCGCGCCAAGGCGGGCUGCUCGCCCAUCAUGCAGCAGUACGGCUUCGCCUGGCCCGAGCGCAUGAGCUGCGACCGCCUGCCYGUGCUGGGCGACUCCGACGUGCUCUGCAUGGGCUACAACCGCAGCGAGGCCACGACRGCGGCGCCGCGCGCCGGGCAGCCCACGCGCCCCGCCAGGGACGCRGGCAGGAGCCUCACGCUGGCCGGCGGGCAGCGCCCGUCGGGGCCCGACUGUGGCCGCUGCCGCUGCAAGGCRCCCCUGGUGCCCAUCGCCAAGGAGUCGCACCCGCUGUUCAACCGCGUGCGCACGGGGCAGGUGCCCAACUGCGCCAUGCCCUGCUACCAGCCCUACUUCACGCAGGACGAGAAGACCUUCGCCACCUUCUGGAUCGGCCUCUGGUCCAUCCUCUGCUUCCUCUCCACCUCCACAACCGUGGCCACCUUCCUCAUCGACAUGGAGCGCUUCAAGUACCCCGAGCGCCCCAUCAUCUUCCUCUCCGCCUGCUACCUCUUCGUGUCCGUGGGCUACAUCGUGCGCCUCGUGGCCGGACAUGCCAGCGUGGCCUGCAACCCCGAGCACCACCACGUGCACUAUGAGACCACGGGCCCCGCGCUCUGCACCGUGGUCUUCCUCCUGCUCUACUUCUUYGGCAUGGCCAGCUCCAUCUGGUGGGUCAUCCUGUCCCUCACGUGGUUCCUGGCGGCCGGCAUGAAGUGGGGCAACGAGGCCAUCGCCGGCUACGCGCAGUACUUCCACCUGGCCGCCUGGCUCAUCCCCAGUGCCAAGUCCAUUGCCGUGCUGGCCCUCAGCUCUGUGGAUGGUGACCCGGUGGCCGGCGUUUGCUACGUGGGCAACCAGAGCCUGGAGAACCUGCGGGGCUUYGUGCUGGCGCCGCUCGUGGUCUAUCUCUUCACGGGGAGCCUCUUCCUGCUCGCCGGCUUCGUCUCCCUGUUCCGCAUCCGCAGCGUGAUCAAGCAGGGCGGCACCAAGACGGACAAGCUGGAGAAGCUGAUGAUCCGCAUCGGCAUCUUCACGGUGCUCUACACCGUGCCGGCCACCAUCGUCAUCGCCUGCUACAUCUACGAGCAGCACAACCGGGAGGCGUGGGAGCGGGCGCAGAACUGCUCCUGCCCGGGGGACACGCAGCGCCCCAAGCCCGACUACGCCGUCUUCAUGCUCAAGUACUUCAUGUGCCUCGUGGUGGGCAUCACGUCGGGCGUGUGGAUCUGGUCGGGCAAGACGCUGGAGUCGUGGCGGCGCUUCACGGCGCGCUGCUGCCGGGCCAGGAAGGCGGCGGGCGCCUCCGUGUGUGGCGAGGCCAGCCCCGCGCUGCCCGCCAGGGCCGCGCUGCCCAGCCUGGCCCCCUACCACAAGCAGGUCCCCUUGUCCCACGUGUGA